AUUGUCUUUGCUAAUGGAAAAACAUGGAGGGAGAUGCGGCGCUUUGUUCUGACCAACCUGAGAGACUUCGGGAUGGGGAAGAGGGCCUGUGAAGACAAGAUCAUAGAGGAGUGUGGACACCUGCUGCAGAGAAUCAAGUCAUUCAAAGGUGGACCGUUGGACACAUCUAAGAUAAUACCUGCGGCACUGUUUAACAUUAUCUGCUCCAUGGUGUUUGGAGACAGGUUUGAGUAUGACGACCCUGAGUUUAAGAACUACUUGUACAGCGUGAGACGAAGCAUCCAACUGUUAAUCACCAAAUCUGUGCAGCUGUACCAGAUUUUCCCAUGGAUUGGGAAGUGGGUCUCCAAGGAACGGGCUGAAAUCGGCAGGAUGAGAGUUGAGAAAGAAAAGCUGUACUUUAAACUAAUCGGUCAGUUAAAGAAGACGCUGGACCCCGCCCGGAGCCGAGGAAUCGUGGACGCGUUUCUCAUCAAACAACAGCAGCUGGAGGAGGCGGGGAUUAAGGACAGUGAGUUCCACAUGCGCAACCUGAUCAUGAUCGUGGGUAAUUUGAAUGUGGCUGGAACAGAGACCACGGCCAACACUCUGACAUGGAGCCUGCUCUACAUGGCCAAGUACCCCCACAUACAAGAUCAGGUCCGUGAGGAGAUCGUCAGGGUGAUCGGAACUCGACAGGUGCAGCUUCAGGACAGAAAACACCUGCCGUUCACCGACGCAGUGAUCCACGAGAGUCAGAGAAUGGCCAACGUCGUCCCAAUGAACCUGUCCCACAGAACGAAUCGAGACAUCACCUUCCAGGGACACUUCAUCAAGAAGGGGACCACAGUGUAUCCUGUGUUGGCCUCAGUGCUCUUUGACGAGAGCGAAUGGGAACAGCCCCACAGUUUCUAUCCAGCUCACUUCCUCCACAAAGACGGAAAGUUCAGGAAGAGAGACGCCUUCAUGCCCUUCUCUGCAGGUCACAGAGUUUGUGUUGGAGAAGGUCUGGUCCGGAUGGAGCUCUUUAUCUUCUUUGUGACUCUGAUGCAGCAUUUCCGGUUCACUGCGCCCCCUGGUGUUACAGAGGAGGAACUGGACAUCGAAGCCUGGGGUGGACUAGCGCGCAGCCCAAAGCCGCAUAAACUGUGUGCAAUUUCACUUUUAUAAGAUGCUUAUCCUCUAUUAAGUAUCCACAUAUAUCAAUGCACUUUACAAAAUGAAAUAAAAGUUAAUGACGCGUGAAUACGAAUAAGACGCACACACAUAGAAUACAAUAGAAUCCACUGGCGUUUGAGUUCCUGUGGGUGCCCUGAUACACACUAUAAAAACUGUAAACAA